CGUUGAAUAAAGCAAAAGCACACCAAGCUUAAAAAAUCAAUCAAACAUACAAAAAAAAUUAAAAAUAAACCCUAACCUAAAAUGAAUUUUAACAAAAUUUUCGUUCUUCUGGCUGUAUUCAUUGCCGUCUUCGCCGGACAAACCGAGGCAGGAUGGUUGAAAAAGAUUGGCAAGAAAAUUGAGCGCGUUGGUCAACACACACGAGAUGCCACCAUUCAGACCAUUGCUGUGGCUCAACAGGCCGCCAAUGUUGCGGCAACUGUGAAAGGAUAAACUGAAUUUGUUCGCAAGUUGCAACAAAAGCAUUUAUGUACCCAAAUUAAGUUUAAUAUUUAUUUAUUUAGAAAAUAGUAAACGAUUUAUGGAGAUUAAAGUAGAGUUAUUUGAAUAAAAAAUAAUU